AUGGGAUUGGGCGACAAAAUCAAAAACUUGCAGGGCAAGGACGUGGAGAAGUAUGACAAGAGUGCAGGAAAGGCUGUGGGCGGAACCACAGCUUCUGGCGAGGCGGAAGAACACAUCCGGGCCAGACUUGCCCAGCGCAAAGAAGCCGAGGGCCAUGGCUCUCAGGCCGGAUAUGGUGCUGGCACUGGAACUUCAGAGGCUGGAGGAUACGGCCACUCUUCGGCGCAGCACGCGCCUUCUUCCACGCAUGGAACGACGCACGGAAACGCGUCAAGUGGCACUGGGACAACCUCUCAAAACCAUGGAACAUCAAAUUCCCACACCUAUGGAACAUCUGGAACCCAUGGCGGCAUUGACACGGCCCAAGGCGGCGCGUACGGGUCGGGAACAAACACCGCCCAAGGCGGCGCCUUCAGCACCGGAAAAACUACUACUGGUGGAACUACCGGAAAUACUUCUGGUGCAACUUCUGGCACCCAUGGAAGCUCUUACACCUCUAGCACCUCUGGCACCUCUGGCUCCCGUGCUCCCGGCACCGGCCCCACGUCGCACUCGGACGCCGGCGCCCGUCUCGACCCGACCAACCACGGCAACACCACUCUGAGUGGAUACGGCCACACAACUCUGAGCGGAUACGGCCACUCGGCUCCAGGUUCGGGCUACACCGCCAGCGGCCCCGACUCCAAGACCUCGGGCACGCACGGGCUCGCGCAGGGCGCGCCGGGCUUUGCGGCGGGCCAUGUUCUGAGAGAGGAGGAGAACUACGACGUCUCAGGCAACCGUGUGCCCGGAAGCGGCCACACGGGCUAUACUGGCAGCGGCCUGGCCGGAGUUGCGGGCGAAACCAACCAGAGCGGAUAUGCUGGGGCCUCGGGCCAUGGACAUGGCCAUGAACAUGGACAUCAUGGUACUGGAGUUGAAUCUGGCGUUGGAUCUGGCGGAUCUGGCCACUCUGGAGAUUCUCACACCGGCCACGGUUCCGGCUACACCACUGGGUCCCACGGCAAGUUGGCCACAGGCGACGUGCCCCGCGGCUUCACCAACUUCACCACCGGCAACGACAAGUUGGACAUGAAAAUCUCGAACUUGCCUGCGGAGGCACAGGAAAAGGCCCACCAGGCCUUCCAGAAGGGCUACCAGGACGGCUUGAAGUCGCACCGGUAG